AUGGGUGUCACAAAUUCUGAGGAACUUGAUCUUCUUAUGAAAUGGCUGGGACCAACUUCUUCAAAGUACGCCGCAAGCAUUAGGUCAUCAAGCGUUUCCAAUCCGGCCGAAGCGCUAAGGAGAAUUUGGGAGCGUCUCAAUCAAAGAUAUGGCAGUCCAGAGCUACUGGAAUCUGUGUUGAUGUCCAGAUUAUCCUCUUUCCCAAAACUUACCAACAAAGACAAUGUGAAACUAUAUGACUUACUUGACUUGCUUUCCGAAAUUGAAUCACUUAUGCAAAAUCCGAAAUACUCGACUCUGCUGGCUCACUUCAAUUCAUCUUCUGGUAUAGCUCCUAUACUCAUCAAGCUUCCCAACAACAUUCAAGAGAAGUGGACAACAUUUGCAUACAAAUACAAAAAACAGCAUGAUGUUAUUUUCCCUCCAUUCUCCUAUUUUGUCGAAUUCAUGGAAGAUAUCAGCAGAAUGAAAAAUGACCCAGGAUUCAUGUACACCAGCGAAAGUUCAACGGAUUCCUCCAAACCCAAGGAGAGAGUUGAACAAAAGAACACUCAAGUGAAACACUGGAUUUCGACUAAAAAGACUGAAAUAAAGCAGAACUCAGAAAAUGCUAAGUCUACCAUAGUAUGCCCUCUGCACAAGACCAACCAUAGUCUUAAUGACUGCCGUGGGUUCAGAAACAAGUCACUUGAAGAAAGGAAAUGUUUCGUGCGUGAGAAAAAACUCUGUUUCAGAUGUUGUAAUUCAGAUCAACACAAAUUCAUAGAAUGCAAAGAGCAAAUUCACUGCAAUGAGUGUGGAAGCAACUCCCAUCCUAGUGCUCUUCACUCCAGAAUGCCUGUGGUCCAUCAUGGUGGGGAGAAGAUGAGUCAUGUAACAUCGGCAUGCACACAAAUCUGUAAAGAUCAAUUUUGCGGGAAGUCAUGUGCUAAGGUGAUUUUAGUGAACUUACACCAGAAAAACAAUCCAAACAAAUCGUUUAAAGCGUACGCGAUACUCGAUGACCAAAGUAACAAAUCGUUGGUCAAAUCAGACGUCUUUGACCAACUGGAUAUCCAUAGUGAAACGACAAACUUUCAGCUAACGUCUUGUUCUGGAAUAGUGGAUAUGUCUGGCAGACAAGCCCGAGAUCUCACAGUUUCAUCACUAGAUAGAUCAUCAUAUAUUGACAUACCGUUUGCCAUCGAAUGUAAUUACAUUCCGGAGAUCCGUGAUGAAAUACCUACACCAGAGAUUGCAAGAUCAUACGCUCAUCUCCAUGACAUUGCGAAAGACAUACCUGAGGUCGAUGAAGAUAUUCCGAUUCUACUCUUAAUUGGUCGUGACAUUCCAGAAGCUCAUCAUGUGUUAGAGCAGCGAACAGGCGCAAGAAAUUCACCGUUUGGACAGAGACUUACCUUAGGUUGGGUGAUAGUUGGUGAAUCUUGUCUGAACAAGGUCCAUCGUCCUAACUCAGUGGUAGUGAAUAAGACCUACCUUCUACCUAAUGGAAGGUCAUCCAUAUUCCAACCUUGUGCGAAUGAUAUACACAUAGAGGUUCGUAAAGACACUGGAUACUCACUUCGAGAUCUGGACGCAUCUGUAUUCAUGAAACAAAGGGACGACGAUACAAUUGGUCUCUCAGUAGAUGACAAGAACUUCAUCAGAACCAUGGACAAAGAUGUUCACCUCACUAUUGAAGGGAAUUGGGAAGCUCCGUUGCCAUUUAGAGAGAAACGACCGCGACUUCCAAACAACCGAAUGUAUGCACUAAAGCGAGCUCAAAAUCUAGAUACCAGCCUCCGUCGAGAUCAAACCAAACGAGACCAUUUCAUUUCAUUCAUGAAAAAGGAAUCUGUAGCCGUGACAACAGAUAUAGAAUCCAUGUUUCACUGUUUUCUCGUUGAUGAGAAACACAGGAACUUUCUUCGUUUUUUCUGGUACGAAGACAACGACAUCAGCACGAAAUUGAUCGAGUAUCGCAUGAGAGUUCAUGUCUUUGGGAACUCGCCUUCGCCAGCUGUUGCCGUGUACUGUCUUCGUAAGGCAGCGUCUGCCAAUGAAGAAGUCUAUGGAUCCGAUGUAGUAGAUUUCGUGCGAAGAAAUUUUUACGUUGAUGAUGGGCUGGUUUCUCUACAUACAGCAGAGGAGGCAACAAGUUUGCUGAAACGGACACAGUCCGCCCUUAAAGCUGGUGGCAAUCUGCGUUUGCAUAAAAUAGCUUCGAAUGACAAGAACGUUAUGGACGCCUUCUCUAUAGAAGACAGGGCAAAAGACCUCAAAGAUCUCGAUUUGAGCGUUGAUGAUCUUCCCAUGCAGAGAAGCUUAGGGUUGAAUUGGGAGCUCCAGUCAGACUCAUUUACAUACCGUCUAUCCAUGGCAGAGAGACCAUUCAGUAAACGAGGUCUAUUGUCUACAAUCAAUGGAAUCUAUGACCCCAUUGGAUUUGUUUCUCCAGUGGUUGUAUCUGGAAAAAUCUUAAUGAGGGAAACAUUAAGAGGUUCAGACAAUUGGGACGAUCGCUUACCUGCUCAUCUAUUGGACAAGUGGUUGAAUUGGAAAAACUCUUUGAAAUUCCUUGAAGAUGUACAUAUUCCAAGGACAUACACGCCAACCUCUCUUUUAAUUGCUCGAUCCAAAGAGCUCCAUGUAUUCUCAGAUGCCUCUGAGAUGGUCAUUGCUUCAGUAGCAUAUUUACGUACAGUUGAUGCUAUGGAUAACAUCUACGUUGGAUUUAUUCUAGGGAAAAGCAAGCUCGCACCAGCAAGUGGGCAUUCUAUUCCACGAUUGGAACUUUGUGCUGCAGUACUGUCAGCUCAGCUAUUUGACACCAUCCGUGAAGAACUAGAUGUGAAAUUUGAUAGUGUUCACUUUUAUACUGACAGUCGAGUGGUCCUGGGCUAUAUACACAACCAAACCCGACGAUUCUAUAAGUAUGUAGAAAACCGAGUUGAGAGAAUCAAGAAAUCCACUACACCAGGUCAGUGGAGUUACGUUGCAACAAAAUUAAAUCCUGCAGAUUCUGGUACUAGAAGUAUGACUGCUGAUGCCAUAAAAAAUGACAUGUGGAUUCUGGGCCCGCCUCAACUUCAAGAAACGAUAGAAGAGUGCCCUAAAACAGAUUAUCACCUUUGUGAUCCUGAGCACGACAAAGAAAUUCGCAAGCCUGCGAAAAUCAACACUUUGAAAUCUACUAUCGAAAGCAAAGGCGUGCAAUCUGAAUCAUUUCGUAUAGGUCUUAAGAUGGAGAGAUUCUCCAGAUGGACAAAAUUGGUGAGAUUGAUAGACCGUUUGAGAACACUGUGCAGGAAACAUUGUCAUACGAAGAACCUUUCAGUAUCAUACGUUUCACUCUCAUCAGAGGACCUACUUGUUCGCAUGGUUCAGGAAGAGGUUUUCUCACAGGAUAUUGCAUGCUUGCAGUUGCAAAGACCAUUGCCGAAAAACAGCAGUCUUAUCACAUUGAAUCCUAUAAUUGACAAGAACGGUUUGCUCAGGUUAGGAGGUCGCUUGAAAAGAGGACAACUGACAACCAAUGAAAAACACCCUGCCAUUAUUCCUAAGAAGCACCACUUGGCUAUUCUACUCGUGCGACAUUUCCACGAAUCAGUGAAACACCAAGGAAGGCAUUUUACUGCCGGUGCAUUGCAGUCAGCAGGAUACUGGCUAGUAGGAGGAAAACGUUUAAUAUCAUCUCUGCUACGCAAGUGUGUGAAGUGCCGCCGAUUGCGUGGGAAAUAUGAAUGCCAAAUGAUGUCCGACUUGCCUACAGAUCGAUUACAAUCUUCCCUUCCCUUAACAUGCAUAGGACUCGAUGUCUUUGGACCAUGGUCUGUUGUGACCAGGAAGACCAGAGGGGGAGUCUCAAACAGCAAGCGAUGGGCUGUUCUCUUCACUUGCCUUUACACCAGAGCGAUACACAUUGAAGUGAUAGAGGAAUUAUCGUCCUCCUCUUUCAUCAAUAGCCUACGUAGAUUCAUUGCAAUCAGAGGGAGUGUGCAGGAAAUUCGUUCAGAUCGCGGAUCUAAUUUUAUAGGGGCAACCGACGACUUAAACGUUAACGUUAUCAACGUAGAAAAGAAACCUGUCGCAGAUUUCCUGCUGGACAACAAAGUAACCUGGAUUUUCAAUCCUCCACAUUCCUCCCACAUGGGUGGAGUGUGGGAACGGAUGAUCGGAGUUGCCAGGAGGAUACUCGACUCGAUGCUCAUAGACCUGCAUUCGAAACAUCUGAGUCAUGAAGUCUUGACCACCCUUAUGGCUGAAGUCUGUGCCAUUGUGAACUCCAGGCCGAUUGCUCCAGUGUCAUCUGGUCCAGAGAACCCUACGAUUCUUAGCCCCAACAUGUUGCUGACACAAAAGACCGGUGAAAUUCCGAUGAAAUUUGGUCCAUUCACACUCAAAGAUAUGUACAAGUCACAGUGGCACUGCGUUCAGCAUUUAGCUAACAUUUUCUGGGAACGUUGGAAGCGGGAGUAUUUGCAAACCCUUCAGUUGAGACGUAAAUGGCAGAAUGAUUCUCCCAAUCUUUGUAUGGGAGAUGUUGUUCUUCUGAAGGACCCAACAACAUCUAGGAAUGAGUGGCCAACUGGAAUCGUGACUAAUGCUAUCAAGAGUGCUGAUGGAAAAGUCCGCUCAGCUGAAGUGAGAAUAAUGAAAGAGGGCAAACCUGCAACCUUCACAAGACCCAUAUCGGAGAUGGUCCUUUUAAUUCAUGAGGACUGA